AUGAGUAACUUCCUUAUUUUACCAGGUCCAAAGGCCUUAUCAUCAUUCAGAGUUAAUAAUUUCAUUCAAGAAAUUGAAAAGAAGGUUAACCAAACUGGUGUUAUUCAAGAAGUUGUAUCUUGUUAUACUCAUUAUGUCUCAUUAUCUAAACAAUUAACACCCAAUCAAUCUCAGUUACUUGAAAUCUUAUUAACUUAUGAUAAUCCAAUUGACUCCGACAAUCAAUUAAAUCAACAUUUAGUUAAAUUAGUCACUGGAAAUGAAACUGAAUUAGAAACUGAUACUUAUUUAGUUCAAAUCUUACCAAGACCAGGUACUAUUUCUCCAUGGUCUUCAAAAGCUACCGAUAUUGCUCAAAUUUGUGGUUUAAAUGAACAAGUUGAAAGAAUUGAACGUGGAUUAUCAUUAUUAAUCAAAGUUCAAUCUGGUUUUGAGUUGUCUCAUCAUAUUCAUAAUGGAGAAAUCUUAACUUCUGUCUUUGAUAGAAUGACUCAAAAACUUUAUAUUGGUUCGAAAGGUCCCGAAUACGAUGAUUUGUUUGCUCAUCAUUCUCCAAAGCCUUUGGUUCAUGUUGAAUUACUUGGUAAUGAAGAUAAUUUAAGAAAAGCAAAUAAGGAAUUAGGUUUAGCUUUAGAUGAAGGUGAAAUUCAAUAUUUGAUUCAUGCUUUUACUGAAGUUAUCGGUCGUAAUCCAACAGAUGUUGAAUUAUUCAUGUUUGCUCAAGUCAAUUCUGAACAUUGUCGUCAUAAGAUUUUUAAUGCCGAUUGGACAAUUGAUGGAAUUGCCAAAGAUUCUUCCUUAUUCAAAAUGAUUAGAAACACCCAUCAAAAGAAUCCAAAUUAUACUAUUUCAGCUUAUUCCGAUAAUGCUGCAGUUUUUGAAGGUCCAGAUGGAUAUGUAUUCACACCUGAUUUCAAAACUAAACAAUGGACUUCCACCAAAGAAAGAGUUCACACUUUAGUCAAAGUCGAAACUCAUAAUCAUCCAACUGCCGUUUCUCCAUUCGCAGGUGCGGCUACUGGUUCCGGAGGUGAAAUUAGAGAUGAAGGUGCUGUAGGUAGAGGAUCGAAAUCAAAAGCUGGUUUAGCUGGGUUUUCAGUUGCAGAUUUAAAUAUUCCAACCUUACCACAACCUUGGGAAAGAAAUGUUGGAAAACCAAACCAUAUUGCUUCAUCUUUAGAUAUCAUGAUUGAAGCCCCAAUUGGAUCUGCUGCAUUUAAUAACGAAUUCGGUAGACCUGCAAUCAAUGGAUACUUCAGAACUUUAACUACUGAAGUUGCAAACAAUCAAGGAGAAACUGAAAUUAGAGGUUUCCAUAAACCAAUCAUGUUGGCUGGUGGUAUGGGAGCAAUCAGACCAGGAUUAGCACUUAAAGAUUUCAAAAUCACCCCAGGAGCAAAAUUAAUCGUUCUUGGUGGUCCAUCUAUGUUGAUUGGUUUAGGUGGUGGUGCUGCAUCUUCCAUUUCUUCCGGUGAAGGUUCUGCUGAUUUAGAUUUCGCUUCUGUACAAAGAGGUAAUCCAGAAAUGCAAAGAAGAGCUCAACAAGUUAUUGAUUCUUGUGUUUCUUUGGGUAAAGAAGGUAAUCCAAUUCAAUCCAUUCAUGAUGUUGGUGCUGGUGGGUUAUCUAAUGCCUUACCAGAAUUGGUUCAUGACAAUGAUUUAGGUGCAAGAUUUGAAUUAAGAUCUAUCUUAUCUUUGGAACCAGGUAUGUCUCCAAUGGAAAUUUGGUGUAAUGAAUCUCAAGAAAGAUAUGUAAUGGGAGUCGCUCCUGAAAAUUUGGAAUUAUUUACCAAGAUUUGUGAACGUGAAAGAGCUCCAUUUGCUGUUGUUGGUGAAGCCACUGUUGAAAAGAGAUUAGUGUUGACCGAUUCUAAAUUAGGUUCAACUCCAAUUGACUUAGAAAUGUCCGUCUUGUUUGGUAAACCACCAAAAAUGUCCAGAAAUGCCGUGACUUCAAACUUAACCUUAAAACCAUUCACCACUACCGGUUUAGAUAUCAAAGAAUCAAUUGAUCGUGUAUUGCAAUUACCAGCUGUUGGAUCUAAGAAUUUCUUAGUCACCAUUGGUGAUAGAUUUAUCACCGGUUUAGUUGAUCGUGAUCAAAUGGUAGGUCCAUGGCAAGUACCGGUCGCCGAUGUCGGUGUCACCGCCACCUCAAUGGGUGAAACUGUUUUAUCUACUGGUGAAGCCAUGGCUAUGGGUGAAAAACCAACAUUGGCAUUAAUCUCCGCCAGUGCAUCCGCUAAGAUGUGUGUUGCUGAAUCAUUGAUGAAUAUCUUCGCUGCUGACAUUUUGUCUUUGGAACAUGUUAAAUUAUCUGCUAAUUGGAUGUCCGCCGCUUCUCAUCAAGGUGAAGGCGCCAAAUUAUAUGAAGCUGUUCAAGCUAUUGGAUUAGAUUUAUGUCCAGAUUUAGGUAUUUCAAUUCCAGUUGGUAAGGAUUCUAUGUCGAUGAAGAUGAAAUGGGAUAAUAAAGAAGUUACCGCUCCCUUGGCAUUAACCAUUACUGCAUUUGGUCCAGUCGAAAAUACUUCCAAUACUUGGACUCCAUUAUUACAAAGAGUUGACGAUUCUGUUCUUGUUUUGGUUGAUUUGGCUGCCACUGUUAAGAAAUCCUUAGGUGGGUCCGCUUUGGCUCAAGUAUAUAAACAAGUUGGUGAUUCUGCUCCAACUGUUCAUUCUCAUGCUGUUUUCAAAUCAUUCUUACAAACUUUGAUUGUUUUACAUAGAGGUUUUAAUGUUUUAUCUUAUCAUGAUAGAUCUGAAGGUGGGUUAAUCACUACUGUUUUGGAAAUGGCUUUUGCUUCGAGAUGUGGUUUAGAUAUUAAUGUUGAAAGUGAAGAUGUAUUCACAGAAUUGUUUAAUGAAGAAUUAGGUGCAGUUUUCCAAAUCAAUACCCAAGAAUUAUCCAAGUUCCAAGAAAUCUUUGCUACUAACGGUAUUUCAAAUGAAUACAUCAAGGUCAUUGGUAAACCAAACUUCCAAUCUCAAGUCAUCAAUGUUGCAGUUAAUGAUCAACAAAUAUAUCAAUCCACUCGUGGUGAAUUACAAAAAGUUUGGAGUAAUACCUCCUAUCAUAUCCAAAAGAUGAGAGAUAAUCCACAAACUUCUACUCAAGAAUAUGAAGCUAUUCAAGAUGAUCAAGAUCCAGGUUUGUCUUAUCAAUUAACCUACAAUGUCGCUGAAGCCAAAUCAUUUACCAAACAACCAAAAGUUGCAAUUUUAAGAGAACAAGGUGUUAACUCUCAACAAGAAAUGGCUUGGUCAUUCCAACAAGCCGGAUUUGAUGUCUAUGAUGUCACCAUGACUGAUAUCUUAGAUGGUAGAGUUACUUUGGAUGAUUUUGUCGGAUUAGCAGCUUGUGGUGGGUUCUCAUAUGGUGAUGUAUUAGGUGCUGGUGCCGGAUGGGCUAAAUCAGUCUUAUUCCAUGAAAAAGCCCGUAAUGAAUUCAAGAGAUUUUUCCAAGAUAGAACUGAUACCUUUGCAUUUGGUGCAUGUAAUGGAUGUCAAUUUUUCAGUAGAAUUGCCGAAUUGAUCCCAGGUACUGAGCAUUGGCCAACAUUUGAACGUAAUUUGUCUGAACAAUAUGAAGCUAGAUUUGUGAUGGUUGAAGUUAAGGAUGUUGCUGAAAAUAAUUCUAUUUUCUUACAAAAGAUGAAAGGAUCAAAAUUCCCAAUUGCUGUCGCUCAUGGUGAAGGUAGAGCACAAUUCAGAUCAGCUGACUCCAAACAAAAAUUCUCCAGUACUGUUAUUCAAUAUGUUGAUAAUUAUGGUAAUGUUACUGAACAAUAUCCAUUCAAUCCAAAUGGUUCUCCAAAUGGUAUUGCUGGUAUUUGUAAUGAUAAUGGUAGAGUAUUAGCUAUGAUGCCACAUCCUGAAAGAGUUACCAGAAAGGAAUCUAAUUCUUGGUACCCUGUUGAACAAGGUAACCAAUGGGGUCCAUAUGGUCCUUGGAUUCAAUUAUUCAGAUCUGCUAGAGAAUGGGUUGGUGAUGACUUCUAA